CUGGCGAGCGUGACUGGACGUCAAUGUUUAUGUAGCCUCUCUAUGUCGGUGUAACAGCAGCAAGGUCUCUGCAAUGUGAUUUCCUGACACUGAUUUGUUGUCGCCGCAUUCAAAGCCCGCAGUUUUUUUCUCCCGUUAUGCUGCAGCCUCUAUCAUGGGGCACCACUAGCCGGUGAAAGACGGAGGAGACGGAGGAAAACGCCGGGAUGGCAGGCGCCUUUGGCUUCAAAGGCUGCCAGAAAAUUCGCGGUACGCAAAUUCGAGGUCUCCUCGAAGCUAAGGACUUCUUCCUCUUCGACUGCGAUGGGGUCAUCUGGCACGGAGAGAACGCGAUCAGCGGCGCGGCGAAGGUGGUGAACGCUCUGAUCCGCCGCGGGAAAAACGUGGUGUUCGUCACCAACAACAGCACCAGGCCCCGGGAGAAUUACAUGAACAAGUUCACCAGGCUGGGCUUCACCGAGGUGAUGCUGGAGCAGAUCUUCAGCUCCUCCUACUGCUCGGCCCUCUACCUGAGGGAUGUGGUGAAGGUCCGCGGUCAGGUGUUCGUCAUCGGCUGCGAGGGGCUCCGCAGGGAGCUGCUGGAGGCGGGGAUCCCCUGCGUGGAGGAGGCAGAUGACCCGGAGGCCACCAUCUAUGACUGCGCCCUGGCUCCGGACGUCAAAGCGGUGCUGGUGGGACACGACGAUAAACUGACUUUUCUUAAACUGGCCAAAGCUUCCUGCUACCUGAGGGACCCGGAGUGUCUGUUCCUGGCCACCGACAACGACCCUUGGCACCCGCUGUCCAGUGGGCGGAUCCUGCCAGGUUCUGGUUCCCUCACCGCUGCCAUUGAGGUGGCGUCAGGCCGUAAAGCAACUGUGAUCGGCAAGCCGAGCCGCUUCAUGUUCGAGUGCAUCUCCAGCCAGUUCAGAGGCGUGGAUCCUGCCCAGUGCCUCAUGGUCGGAGACCGACUGGAGACGGAUAUGCUGUUUGGGUUCAACUGCGGCCUGGACACCAUGCUCACCCUUACCGGUGUGUCUCAGAUCGAGGAGGCCCAGGAGUACAGAGACAGUGAGCAGACCACCAACCGCAGCUAUGUGCCUGACUACGUGGUGGACACCAUCGCCGACUUCCUCCCAGCUUUUGAGGAAAUAGAAGAGCAGACAGAUUGACAGCAUUCGGCCUACCGCACAGAUUGCUUCUGCUACAUUUCAAGUGCAAUGCUGAGUCCUACACUCGCACAAAAUUGUUCCACCCGAGAAGUAAAAAAAAUCAUAGUAAUGGUGUGAGCAACGCACACAAGACAAACAUGUAAAUAAUGAUUAACCCAUUCAUUCCUCAGUGUUUCUCGUGUUGUGGCUACUUGUGACUGAACGUUUUGUUGUUGCUGUGUUAAAUGAAUAUGCUGCUCUUUGUUUAUAAAGUCCAUUGGUAGAAUUUGAUAUUAGGGUUUUAAAACAUACCUUAUUUUUUGUAAAACCACGAAUUAUUCUAAAUUCAUGCGUUUAGGAGAUGGUGUCUUUUGCCAAAAGGCUUGUGAAUGCUAAAUAAAUUAGUCCAAACUUGACUGGCUGAGUGAGGAGACGAAGGUAAAAACAUGCCACUCUGUUAGAAAAGUGUCUUACCAUCACAUCAGCCCCAUUGUGCCAACAUUCCUCCAGGUAAUGACCAGCUUGCUGGAGUUUGUACUAAGAGACCGCCAUUGUUAAUGGUGGCUGGUGUUAGCGCACUGCUGUGGGAAUAUUAACGUUGUGAAUGUUUUACCAUAUAAAGCAUGCCAGAAUCAUUAUCAACAAUAGAAUACCUGAGGAAAUUAAAUAUUGUUCAUCUGAUCAACA